GUGCUAUUUAAUCACAUUGUUCUAGAAAAUAUAAAUAAUUAAAUUAAAGAUAAUCAAUAAAAUUUUGAAAAGUGGAAACGUUUUUUAUUCGGGAAUAAAUCGAGACUUUUGGUCAGUUAGGAGAACUCUAAAGAAAAUGUGGGACUGGUGUUUGAGGUCGUAGACCAAGAUCCAAAUGCGCUAUGAUUAAAUUACCGUGGGAUAGAGGCGUCUUUAUAACUGGCUGCUUUCUGACACUGUUAUCCUUUAUCAGUGUCGAUGCUCAGUUAAAUUCGGAGUACGGGUGUCCUACUCAAGAGAGGAUUCUACCUUGUAGAUGUUCUACUCGUGACAUGGAGAUUCAAAUAUGGUGCAGUCACAGUGAGUUACCAAAAGUUCUCGAGGGCCUAAAGGCAGUGAGUCAUUAUUUAGAUCGACCAGUUGACGAGUUGAUCUUGGAGAACAAUAAUCUACCUAGUCUGCCAGGCAAAGUUUUUGCUAGUCUGCGUGUUCUUCGUUUAAUGCUUCGAAACAAUCGUCUUGAAAGAGUGUCGUCAGGGUGGCUAGAGGGUCUUCACGAUUCCUUGUUAGAACUAUUUAUCGUGGAACCGGAUUUACGUUCGUUACCUGUAGACAGCCUCGAAAAUUUACUGGGUCUCGAGGCGGUAACCUUGCAGAGUAGAGCGAUGAAAAAGCUUCCUAGAUUCUCUGGACUACCAAAACUCAGAUAUCUCCAGAUUAACUCACCGGCUCUGUUAGAAUUAGCCCCAAGAAAUUUUCGAGACUUGCCUAACUUGGAACAAUUUCACGUUUUUGGUAGUCCACGUUUAAUACGUUUGGAAGCUGGUCUCUUCCGGGGUCUGCUGCGGCUCGAGUUGAUGAAUAUUACGGACUGUGGAAUUCAUUGGGUCCAUCCUCGAGCUUUGAUAGAUUUACCAGAAUUGAAAGAGAUCUCGUUGGUUGGAAAUUCGAUCGUGGAUGCCGGGAUGAUUGGACGGGCUUGCAUGGAUCUGCCUUCCCUCUCGAUGAUACGUCUGGACAGAAAUCGCAUAAAUCGUCUUGGUGAAGGGGCAUUCACAGAUUUAUCGGUCCUCUCGCGCUUGUAUUUGUCGAGAAAUUAUAUUACCGAAGUGUUCGCUGGAGCAUUUCAAAGAAUGCCGGCAUUGAAAAUUGUCGAUCUCAAUCACAAUCUCAUACAUCACGUACAUCCUGAAUUCUUCCCGCACAGAUCUGGAAACGUAUUGGAAGAGAUGUGGUUAAUCAACAACGAUCUAAGUCACGUGUCUGAACUGAGAUCUAUAAUGGAAGCUUUGCCCAGAUUAAAAUUCCUCGACGUAAGCCACAAUCAAAUCGAAGAGAUACCCUUUGGAUCGUUAAGGGGACAUCUUACGUUGGAAAGACUUCACCUUGAUCACAAUAGAGUGGCCUUUUUGCAAAGAGAAACCUUCACCGCGAUGCCCGCUCUCAGGGAACUUCGAUUGAAAAAUAAUUCAUUGUCAAACUUAUUGGAAGCGCCGUUCUGGAACUUACCAGCGUUGAAAGGACUAGAUCUUUCUGAAAAUUACUUCCGCCAUAUAGAACCUCGUUUAUUAGCGAACUUGCCAAGUUUGAGACGUUUGGAUCUCAGUGGAAAUGCGGUUGGCCUUAUAGAGCCCGAUUCAUUCUUGGGCACGCCAUUAUUGGAGCAUAUAAACAUCUCUGGAAACGCGCUUUCCGUUCUCCAUCCGCUCACGUUCAAUCAUUUGACUAAUCUUUACGAAUUGGACGUCGGUUGGAAUCGAAUGCUUGAAAUAGUUCCGGGUUUACCGAGCAACAUAGAGCACCUUUACAUGCCUAUGAAUCGUAUGGUUAUUUUACCAGCAAUAUCUUCUCAAGAUCUGGAUCUCCCGCUUCUGAGAUCCUUGGAUCUGAGUGCAAACGGAAUCGAGAGGAUACUUCCAGGCAGUCUGACUGAUUUGCCGAAUUUGAGAAAGUUAAACUUCGGCUACAAUUCUCUUCGACUCAUAGAGGAAGGUGCUUUCGAAGGUUUAUCGAGAUUGGAGCAAUUGGAUUUGAGAUACAAUCGAAUAGUCACCCUACAUGGCCGAAGUUUUAGACCGCUGAGAUCGCUGAUGGAUUUGAGCUUACGGGGAAAUCGUUUGGAAGUUCUAAGGCCAGAUAUCUUCCAGGAAAAUAUUCGAUUACAGAGGAUAGAUCUCAGCAGGAAUAAUCUUGCUCAAAUACCUCAUGCAACGUUUUCUAAUACCAGAGACCUUCGUGAAUUGUACGCGUCGCACAAUACUUUGACCGAGUUACCCGGAUCGUUACACGGCUUAACAGCUCUUCAAGUAUUAGACUUGAGCUUUAACAAGCUGAACAUCCUGUCACCGGAAACAUUGAGCAGUUUAUCGGCCUUGCUCGAGCUCAAACUCGUCAGGAAUCGUAUUCGUGAGUUGCGCGAGGGCGCCUUCGAUGGCCUGCCACAGUUAACAUUAAUUGAUCUGGAAAAUAACGAUCUGAGAAUUAUCGAGAGAAACGCUAUCAGAGCUCUGCCAGAGCUGCAAGCGAUACGACUUGGAAAGAAUCGAUUGCAGAUAAUUCCAAGCGGAGCUUUCACCGAGUUGCCAUUACUGCAAAGCGCGGAACUUCAGGAAAAUCGGAUUCAGGAAAUUGCGAGUAAUGCAUUCAUUAACGUGCCUCACCUUCUCUUCCUUAAUUUAAGCCACAAUCAUUUACCUUCGUUGGAUUACAUUGGCUUGGAUAGCUUGCGUUCCCUGGAAGUUUUAGAUUUGAGCAAUAAUCGAUUAUCCAGGGUAUCCAGCAACAGUUUAUCAUCGAUGGAAUGGCUAGUUGAAUUAAAAAUGGACAACAACCGUAUUUGCACUAUCCAAGGUUCGCCUUUCGAUAAAAUGCCGAGACUUCGGGUUCUCAGCUUGAGAAGUAAUCGAAUGGCUUCCGUUUCGGAAGCGGCCUUCAAAAGAUUGAGAUCGAAUAUCGCUGUCUUAGAUAUCGAUGGUAAUCCACUUUCGUGUUCCUGUGGAAUGUUAUGGUUGAGAGGAUGGUUACAGCAAGCUUCCUCCGAAGGUCCAAGAUGCGCCGAUGGAUCUUUAUUCAAAGAAAUUAGAUUAGCGCGUCAGGAUUGUCAACGCGAAAGACAAAUCGAUCCGAUUCAUCCUGGCUGUGAGGCGGAAAUGAUCGACAUUGCAGCGUAUCCUGUUUCCUCUUCUAUAUUUGGAGCAACGGAGAUGGUACCGUUAAGGAUGAAUUUAAAGGAAUCUUCGACGAGAAAUCCUCCUAAUAUUCAAGAUACUGAUUAUUUCUACGAGUAUCCUGAUUAUCAUGAUAUGAAUAAAAAUGACACAUCAAACGUAACAUUCACAUCUACUCAAUUUAUAACCACUGUACCAACGAGCAAUGAGAAAACCAUUCAGACGACGGAGAAGAUUUCAACUACGACGAAUAAUACCAUUCCCAUAAAAAAAAUUACCUCGAUGCCUCCCUCUCCUAGCAGUUCCGGUUUUACCUUCUUCGGGGUACCUUUGCCUAGUCUUAACUUCAAUCUUUGGGGAAAUUCAAGAAGAAAAUUCGAGAGGAAAGAUUCUUCGGGAAGACCUGAAAGAGGUCGUUACAGGACGUUUCCGCCUACGGAACCAGAAAUUCACAGAGGAGGUUUUAUACCAUUACCGCGAGGACAAGGUGGAUUUGUGCCUAUCGUUGAUCCUAGAUUAACAUACGAGAGACAAAUUAAAAACGAAACCUCGAAGAACUCGAACGCUACGCAAGAAGAACGGAAACGAUGGAAGAGCGGAAACGGGACAAUCGCAAAAAUUGAAAGAACUUACCUAAGAACAAACAAGUCUAAAGUAGGGCCGAAAGAAAGGGAAGAGUUAUCCACAGUAUCUGUUAAUGAAUCUGAUUUUCAUUGGCAAAUAAAUGGCGUGAAAAAAAUUAGUUCUGCCAUAAAUUCAACGAAGGAUACUGCAUCAGAUGAAUCGCAUCACGAAGCAAAUGGAACUUCUAUUGAAGCUUAUAACGGAGAAAAUCUGGAAAUGAUUAAGAAAGCGAUUAAAAACGAAGAAAAAUUACAAGUGGAAGUCGCGAGUAGAAUCGUUUGGACUACGCCGAAAAAUGCCUUGGAAGCGACGAAAGAUGUUUUAUCCAAAGAAACAUCGACGGAGAUAUCAAAAGGGGAAAAACAUGUAUACUGGAAUACCGAAGCAAAUGAAUUUCAAGAAACGUCCAGUCUCGCGACAAACGUUCGAAACGAAUCAAUUGAUGAUCCGAGUGCUAUUAUAACAGAACGUUCGACUUUUCAUUCAACAUUUUCGGAAAAUCGGAAGAAUUCCACAUCUCAAGCUUCUCGAGAAACGGAAGCAUCACCGCUUUCAGCGUUUUUAGUUCCAGGAGGUCAAAUACCCUCAUUGAUCCAAAAUUUGCGUCCAUUAGGUAGGCCAACAAUAACAAAAGUUCCAUCACCACGUAUUGGUCUCGUUGCUGAACCAGAAAAACAGAAAUCUAUGGCUGAAGCUGUUCAACGAAAUUUGGAAAAUGAAGAGGAAAAACUAUUCGGAAUAGAUGGAUCUUCCAAUGAGAAUGCUGAAGUUCUUGAAGACAAUUCAUUUAAUUGGUAUUUUCAACAUUAUAACGAUACUAAUUUAGAACCUUUUGUUGGUGUAGUAUAUAGUGGAGGUGAAAAGACAAGUGUGGCUCGAUGGACUUUAUUAAGUCAAAUAUAUCUUAUUUUAUACAUUUUCAUAUAAAAACAUGAAAGAUUAAAUAUUUU